AUGGAGAGAACUGAUAUCUCAGAACUUCCUGAAGAUAUACUGAAAGAAACUAUGGUACGUGUGCCUCUUGAAUCUUUGGUUGAUCAAUGCAUCUGUGUCUGCAAGAAAUGGAGAUCAACAAUCCGUGGAGAAGAAUUCAAAAAGCUUUACUGGGCCCAAUCCAUUACAAGACCUCGCUUGCUCUUCGACUACAUUCGGACGUUCGCCGAACAGUCAGAUUAUUUGUUUCAGUCUGUUUAUCAACAAGAGGAAACGUUGUUGUCGUCUGCUCUAAAACAGAUGAUUAUCUCUUCAGCACGAGAGUAUAAAAUGUUUUGUGCACCCCAACGAGGUUUGGUCUGUCUUGAAUAUGAAACAAAGUUUGUGCUAUGCAACCCGGCCACCAACAAGUUUAAGGCUUUACCGGAAUGCAAGAGGCUUCGACCAGAAAGAGAGUCGAAAAUAAUUUGUUUCUUCGGAUACGAUGAAGUUACAAAAGUAUUCACAUUUUUAAUCUCGAAAACUGAUUAUCGUUUUACACGUAAAUAUUCGCAUAAGCCAUUAAUGCCACAUCAAGUUUUCACGGUUGAGCUAGCCGAGCUCGAGAAUAUCAAAGAAAAAACUUGGAGAGUGAUCAAAUGUGAGCAUAAUCAUUUCCCAGUUACUAAAUCACUAUGUCUGAAGGGAGUUUUAUACUAUGGAACUAAGUCCCUUGUGGAGAUGGAUAAAUCUAUGAUAAUAAGCUUCGACAUGAGGUCUGAGGUGUUCACGAUUAUAGACAUGCCUAAAGGAGUAAAACUUGCGGACUUUGAUGAUAGAUUGGUGAACUAUAACGGGGAAGUUUGCUUAGUGAAAGACUCAAGGGAUGUGAUGGAGGACGGCACUAGAGUGUAUGAGAUUUAUGUUAAAGAUGAAAAUGCAAUAAUAAAAUGGAGGGAAGAGCCGGUUGUGAUUCCUA